CUUCCGCCGCCGCCCGCAAAAAUAACUGGCAACCCUGACGCCGAUCAAAUGGAUCGUUGACAUCGCAUAUUGCGUUUUUUUCUUUGUUCCGUCGAUGGACGUGUGUAAAUAGUUUUGUCUUUGCACGAGUCCAGCGCGAAACUUCAUUCAAAGCGAAGGAAGUGAUGGAGAGUCCGAGGAGCGUCCAAGUGCUGCGCAUGAUGAAGUAGGAGCCCUAAAAAAAGAAGCCAGCGGCAGUGAGCCAUCUUGUUUUUUAACGGACCACCUUCAUUUUUUUUUUUCUUUUUCGAAAAAUACAAAAAAGUAAUUAUUGGCGUUUAACGCGCGUGCGAGCCGCCUAAGCUCGCGCUAGGCGAGUUUUGCGGCUAUCCCGAUCAGGUCGCAAAGAGUGGCAGAAAAAAAUUGGCUAUGUUUUUUUCUUUUUGUAUGUGUUUGCUUUCGGCCACCAGAAGGCCAUUUUUUCCAGGCUCCAUUCGGCUUUCCUUUCUUGACAGCUGACAGCAUUAGGGCAAAUUUUUAGGGGUAACGGGUCUGCCCGAAGUUAUUUCUGGGCAUCCCCGGGCCAUCUCGGACGCCGGUGGUGCAGGGAGAGCGGCGGAUCGUCGGGCGGCCCAGCGAAAUGAGCAGGUUCUUUUUAUUGUUUCCGCUUGAAAUUUGUUUGUUUGAUCGCGUCGCAGUCGGGGCGCCCUUUUUUCAAACGGCGCUCCAUGGACGAUUUCUGGUGAGGCUCUGGCCGCGCCGGGGUUGAUGGAAGGCCCAGUAGCGCCCGGGCGGCCCUCUUCGUGGACUUUGCCAGCCGCCGAGUCGCUCAGCGGCCGCUCGCCCUUUGUCUCGGCCGGGCCGGGGCCGUCGCUCGAGUAGCCGUUCGCGGCAAGAUGUAAACAAUGGACCCAACCUUCGGUUUCUCAUCGGGGCUGCCCACCCAGAUCCCGCUCUUCACGUCAGCCCACCGGCUGUUCAACUUCUACAAUUUGGAGAAGGAGUCUAUGCUGUACGGCGAAACCGGCCCCAGGGAGAACAGCGCCAAUGCAUCGUCCGCCCCGGGUCCCCCUCCGAACGCGCUCUGCGUGGCCAACGCCGGCGGCGCCAGCGCCGGCGCCCACCACAGCGGCACGCACGCGGUCUCGGCCGCGGCCGCCGCAGCCGCCGCCGCCGCGGCUGCGGCCAACAGCGUGCACAGUGUGAGCACGCAGAGCAGCCCGGUGCCGCACCAGCAGCAGCAGCAGCAACCGGGUCCGCCGCCGCCACCUCAGCAGCAGCAGCAGCAGCAACAGACGGGGGGUCCUCCGCCGGGCCCCCAGCCCCACUCCGCAGCCGCUCAGCCACAGCCCAAGGCGCCCGCCAAGCGGGGCGAGUUUCCGUGCGAAAUAUGUGGAAGAGUCUUCACGCAGAAAGGGAAUCUGAAGAGUCAUAUGUACUGUCAUUCUGGUGAGAAACCGUACAACUGCGACGUGUGCGGCAAGGGAUUCACUCAGAGGUCGAGCUUGGACUACCACCACACGCUGCACCUGGGCGAAAAGCCAUUUGGGUGCGAGGUGUGCGGCAAGCGGUUCACGCAGAAGGGCAACCUCAAGACACACAUGAACUCGCACACGGGGGCCCGGCCGUUCCGCUGCGAGAUCUGCGGGCGCGGAUUCACCCAGAAGGGCAAUAUGAAGACUCAUUUGGCGACCCACUACGGGGAAAAGCCGUAUGCGUGCGAGGUGUGCGGCAAGCGGUUCACCCUCAAGGGCAACCUCAAGACCCACGUGAUGGCCCACGAGGGCGUCAAGCCCUUUGCCUGCGAGGUGUGCCACAAGAGCUUCUCGCAGAAGCUCAGCCUCGAGUACCACAUGAACAGCCACAUGGGCCGCAAGCCGUAUGCCUGCGAGGUCUGCGGCAAGGGGUUCACCCAGAAGGGCAAUAUGAAGACUCACAUGCGUUCCCACUCGGGCGAGAAGCUUCACACCUGCCAAAUCUGUGGCAAGGGGUUUACCCAGAAGGGCAAUAUGAAGACCCACAUGAAGAUUCAUCUGCGUCCGCCGUCCCUCGACAAGCCCUACUUCUGCGGCAUGUGCGGCAAGUCGUUCGUAAUGAAGUCAAGCCUCGAAUGUCACAUGGCCACCCACGUGCCCAAGAACGGUGCCACGGGACCAGCAGGGAACCACCCCAGCCACCUGACGCUGGGGCCGAGCCACCUGGCUCUGGGCACGUCCCAGGCGGCACAAGCCGCCCAGGCGCAGGCCCAGCAGCAACAGGCGCAGGCACAGGCCCAAGCGCAGGCUCAGGCACAGCAGCAGCAGCAACAACAGCAGCAGCAGCAGCAGCAGCCCGGUCAGCAGCAGCCUGGCCAGGCCUCGUCACCCGGUUCCCCGCCGCCCACCAUGGUGCCACCGCGCAGCCUGACCAACAUCCAGGCUAGCAUCCAGAGCAUGGGGGGCCUGAAGGGCAUGUUGCCUAGCGGGGCGGCGGCUCCACCCCCGCCGCAGGGGGCCGGACCCAGCAGCGGCUCCUCGGCCAUGUGCGCCCUUGGCGGCGCACCCCCGGCCGGGGGAGACAAGCCCACCGUCGUCGUGCCUGGAGGAGCUGUCCUCUCCGCCCUCUGAGGGUGGAGUCCGGUGUCUUCCAGCAGCCCGCUGCUGUCUUCCCACGUUCACCACCACCGGACCCUAAUGCCCCUUGACCACCCGACACCCCUGACCCCUGAACACGCCCAAUGUCUUCGGCCGACGCGUCGUCGCCCUGAGGACUUCGUGCCCGCUGGCUGUGCUGUCUUGCAGCCAGCCGCCAGGAAAACUGCGUUUGUAACCGCACUGGCUCGCGUUCGAGUGUAAACCCUUUCCAAGAGCAGCAGAAAACACGGAAAAAGAAAGAGCAGGCAGACAUGUCUCGCAUCAUGCCGCCGGUCAGUACUGCCGGCUCAGGUUUUUUAGAUUCAUCUACCUCGCUGUCUCAGCCUACCUCUUGUUCGCUCUUGCAGUCCUCCUCUGUUCUAUCACUUCCUACCAUUCUCUGUUCCGAUGCCCAAUCCGAGGCCACCAUUGUUUUCUUUCUUCAUUUGGAGAGCGAGCUUCUAAGACGGUCCGCAUCCACCCUCAAGGCGCUCUGUGGUAGGAAAGCUGAAACCAGAAGUGACGGGCAGGCUGUCUUGUGUUUUCUCAUUUAGGAGCCUGCUAAUCCCACCAGAGCCAGUAGAAAGCUACCACGAGAGUGCUGUUAACUUGAUAGCCGUUGAAGCAUGUUUCGCUCUUUCUGUCUUAUACCUGUUCCUCACUGCCUCUCUGAAUGCCAUUGCUUACGCUCUGGCAGGGGCCGCCUAGCUUAGCAUCCCGUCCAGGAGGGCAGCUCGGUGUGGGGUGUACGCCUGUUUAUGAGUUUCAUUCAUUCUAGUGCCUUUUCCCAGCAAAUGUUGUAUUUACGCUAUGCCCGUGGAAUUUGGGGAGGGGGACAUCCAGGCUGCGACAACUGUUCUUGCAGGCUGUUGUGGUCACCAAUUGGCUUUUAAAUUUGUAUGGGCUUGGGCAGUCUGGUUUUGUCUGGUUCGAACUGCCUUCAUUGCUAUUUGCCUCUAAGGAAUUGCAGACUGGACAAUAGGAUUUUUGUACAAAUAAGAGGAGAAGAAACGUGAAAAAAGUAGCCAACCCAGAAUGAGGCACACCCCACACUUCUGCUCUGUCCCUCGCAAUUCCCUUGCCCGCAGGGCACUGUUUUCUUCGAGUCCUGUUCUUUGUUGACUUUAUAGAGAGAGAGAGCAGCAGUGUCUUUGAAUGCAUCACCACGACGUCGUCGGCUCCUUGGGCGACUCCCUCCCCUCGCCUCCUUUUUUUCCCCCUUCUCUUUCUCUCUCUCUCUUUCUCCUUGCUCCUAACAUCGAGGCAACUUCUUGCAAGAGAGCAGCACAUCCGGAAGAGGAAUUGUUGUUGCAUGGUACGGCUUGAUCCGCGAUAUCUGCGAACAUGAAGAAUACUCUCCCACAGGAACUUGAAGUAGCAAAGCAGAGAAAAACAAACUGACUUUGAGUGGCUAUGAAGAGCGGAAAUGAUGAGAAACCCAAGGAGUUACUUUUCUAUGUACGUUAUUUUUUUUAUGUUGUGUUCAUGUAACACAGUAGCAGCUACCCAGAUGGUGCGUUUCCCAUCUGGCCUGCAAGACCGCCUAUGUCACUUUUUUUUUUUUAUGUCAUCUGUGACUUUGUGCGUGUCGGCAUUUUUUUAAAUCUCUUGAAAGAUGUUUUUUUUUUUUUUUCUUUUUCUUGAUGAAGUGCUGUUAGUGGUCAUUGUCGGGGGAUGCAGGUUGCAGUGUGUGUUGUUGGCAUUUGUUCCUUUUGUUUCUUUUCUGCUCUUUCGAUGUUGGUGUACUUAGAAAGACAAUGUUGUAGUUCUCUGAUGAUUGUCUGUGCUUUCCUUUCUUAAUGCACUGCAGUGUGUGUUUGCCUUUCUUUGUGUUGCUUUGACUAGUUCUGAUCUGAUCUGGAGACUUAAUAUUGGCUUUCACGUGCAGGUUGUGUUGUGAACAGCUCUACAGAGCUUAGUGCUAUCGUGUGUUGAGUGAAAAACAAAGCUGUGAACAUUCCUUGUAUUGUCCCUGUUUUUCAAAUGAAACAAAGUCUUGAUUUGAAGUUUUGCUAACUUCUGAUUAUGGUGAAAACAAAGAUUGUCUGAUAUUUUGCACACGGAGCACCUAGCAUCGUGACUACCCCGAUCUGAAGCUCGAAAAGUUAACUCAGUUAUUUACUUGAUCUUUUAAAGAUUGUGGGUGCCCUGCAUUUGAAAUGGCUAACGAGUUGAUGUAGGUGUAGCGGUUCGUUGCACGCUGUGUGCUUUCUACUCGAUGCUUAGAAGUGGGCUUUGCCCCUAUUGGGUUGCGGAAGGGAAUGUCGUGCAUGGUUGGAUGAACGCUUCCCCUUGCUCCUUUUGUUUCCUCGCAUUCCCUCUCUCCCGCUGCAUCCCUCUUCUCGUCCUGUGGGACAAGUGAGCAUUGGUGCGUGGCGCAGGAGUAGGAGCAAGCCCAUCCCUCUGCUGUCCCUGCUUAGCAAGUGUGCCUCAUCUCCUCGCUUUCCGCCUCACUCUUCCCUCUUUCCCUGGCUUGUGGUGCUUGACACGGACACGUGCGGUUGACACACAUACACACACACACACACUGUGAAGGACGCUGUUGGUGCGAUGAGUGGCCGCCAGGCCAGCGGGACGGUUUCUGGUGCGCCCCUUUUAUUCUCCCCCCCUUGCCACCCCCGAGGCCCAGCCCCGGUCCCAGCCCUCGCCCCUGGGAUGCCCGAGGGAAAAAAAAAGGCCUUUUACGGAGUGGCCGGCCCUUCAGCGACGUGGUCGAGCGACUGACGCGCAGGACUGCUGAUAAUCCCCCCCCUCCCUAUAUUCCCAGCCCCUACACCUUUCGUAUACAUAUUUUUUUAAUCUCUUUUGGAACGCGUGACCGACUGAAGAUCACGAAGCGUUGCGGUCGACCCGGGGACUUGCGGGGGUGAGUGUGCGUGUGCCGCCCCCCGCUGGCUGCCAGGCUGCCGCACCCGGGAGCGCCCACUGAUGGUAGCGAGUGGAAUUGGACUUUGGUUGUGUGGGCAACACUCCUGGUGUGCUGGUGGCUGGCUGGCGGUGCUCUAUAGUUUUUGAGCAAGAUGUACACGCAGACGUGCGAUUGUGUGAUGAGUUGCGCCUGCAUCCCCCAUUCUUGUGGCGAAGAAGAGAGUGCAUUUUGAACGUGUGUGCUUUGGGGCAUGAGGCACCUAGUGUCUCUCAGGUGCGUUUGUAUGUCUGUUUUUUCUUCUCCGCUGCUCUGUGUGCCCCAAGAGCCCGCUUUUCUGUUUCUCCAACUGGAGGCAGUUCUUCUGGUCUCCAGCCUUGGCUCCCUUGCUGUCUUGCUGCCAUACGAUAGUUGUUCUUUUACCCGGCAGCCUUUUUUCAGUUGAUACACUUUUCUUUAUUUGCCACACCCGUGAGAGACUGCUGUUGUCUCUUAGUGAGUCGUACAGGUGUACGGCUUGCAGGUGUGCCCUGGCACCGUUUCCUCCGUUUCUUGCCUCCCAUGUUUUCAAAAUUUUGGCCUUUGUUUUCUUUGUGCCGAUUCGCUUCGUCUUGGCCCUGUUCCCCAACCCGUCCUUUUCUUUUCUUAAUGCAUAGGAAGUGUGUGUCUUCUGGUGUGUAUCAGGUCUGUGCACUGAGAACUGUCCCUGAUUCGAUGUCACAAGUGGGUUCUGGUCGUUGUCCUGAGUUUUGUGCUGUAGGCAUAAUGAGUGUAGUGAGUGUGCGUGCACUUGUAGAAGCCUAUAUGUAUGGCCUUCGCAUUCGUUUGUAUAGACGGGGCAGUCUUGAAGAAAUCGUGUGAGUGGAGAAAAAUUGUUCAUCCGAGCGUUGGUCCUUCCAUGCUGAAAACAUGAGCUUGCCUUUCCCUCUGUAUUCUCCCCUCCCCUUCCGAAAACUAAGGAAAGAAUCGUUUUGACUUACUAUGCAAAACUGCAGUCUGAUCGGUGCGUGUGUGUGCUUCCAGGGAUGAAACAAAAAAAAGGUUUUUCAGUGGAAAGGGCUCCAAACUGAUGCCCCAUGCGUUGUGCUUUGUGCACUUUCCUUGGCUCCGAGGGACAGUCCCUCGCUCCCUUUUCUGAGGUCUGCUUGACAGGUCGAGGAUAGUACAUUGAAAACAGUCCCUCAGCUCCCUCUGGUGCAGUUGUCCCAUUACCCAUGAGACAACUAGUGUCGUGCUUUUCUCUCCCUUCUACCUCGCCUGCUAACUUAGUUGCCAUGCUGGCAACUGAUGUGGUGCCCCGUCUUUAAGCUAUACAUUGUGUCUGGGUUUGUUUGGAGAAGAAAAAAAAAAAGUUCCUUUGUCGCACUCGUGGGCCUGUGGUGUGCCCGGGCUUUUCUGUGGCACCCUUGGCACCGCCCGACCAAAGCCUCGCCCAGUGCAUGCAUGGACACGCACACACACACAGAAAAACCCUCGGUGGGCUGUGGUGGAGCCCACCGUCAUCGACGGGUGGCGGUGAAGUGCAUGCCGCCGCCACCAUCGUGACACCAGCGUCGCGACAAGCACCACCCACUGGUGCCGGGACGCCUCCUCCGCCAAUCUGCCGCUCUGCCGUGGCAUCAGCGACGACGACAACCGGAAAGACUCACGCAAAAAGGAAGGAAAAAGAAAAUGUGGGGACAAUUUCUAAUUUCCCAUCUGGCGCAUCUGGGAAGUGAUAUAAAAAAAGGCACGGAGUGAACACUCCUUCAUUGGUGUUGGGGUGGGGGUUCCUCGAGCUCUGGAGGAUGCCUCGCCGGGCCCGUCCUUCGGAGCGACCGCAAAAUGAUGUCCUACGUAAGCAUUGAUGCACGGCGACCCGUUUGACAGGUGCCGCACGAUUGGGGGACGAUGUGACUGCCGGCGGGAGAUCCUGUGGCCACCUGUGCGCGUCGCCCAACAAGACUGUGCUUCGGUGGUGUGCAGUGCUAAGUGUGGUGCGGUUUCUGUGCUACCUUCGCCACUGUGUGACCCUGCAGGGCUGUGCUACGGGUCUCUCCAUGGCUCUAGAAAAAAAGGGGGUGGGUUCUGAAACAAAAAAGAAGUGGCUUUACGUGCGGCACCUUCCCAUUGGUCUCUUUGGCCGAAUAAACGAAAAAUGUGGGGGACAAUACAGCAUGUUUCUGGCAAGUGGAACGUUUCGGACUUUUUAAAAUUACGAGAAAGGUGCAGUCUUGGUUUCUGGAUGGAGGAACCUCCCUGGUAUGUGUGGCCUGGCGUGUCGGUUGUCGCCUCGUGUGUUUGGUGUAUAUAACUCUUGUCUGGUUUUUUUGUGGGUCAUUUAUUUAUGACAAGGGAGCGCGCGAUCCCUUCCUGUCCAGGCCCUCAACUCCCCCGACCCCGCCCUGGUUGUCGUGGGAGUCACUUUCGGGCGGGGCGGUGGUGCUCUCUCUGUCUCUGCAGAGAGGAGUGUAUAUAAGCAGUGCCAGCAAAGUUCAUAAGCCUCCUCUCCCCUCCUGGCCCCAUUACCUUCUCUCGUAGUGGAUAGCGCCCCCACCGUUUCAUACCUCAGAAGAGCUUUCGAAAGCAUCUCCUCUUCCUGUGGCCCUGAGCACAUCGUGUUGGUUGCCCAGUGGCGCCAGCUAUCCUUUGUUCCGAGUGCUGGUCCAGCCUUACCCCGAUGCUUUUGUCAGCCAUGUGCAGCCCCUGUGUGGGCGGCAGUGCAGGUUUGCUAGAGAGUUGUGGGAGCAGCUGUUGAGACCAAUGCCCUCCGUGCAAGCUGUAAAGCAUAGCGAAAAAGAUUGCUUGUAGACGUGUCUGCAACACAGGCUUUCUUGGCACUGUCAUAGUUAGCUUCGUACUGCAGGAGAGUGGGAAAUUGGGCUUGUUAGUGAUUCUGAGACAUUUAGUGCAGCAAAAUGAUGUGGGCAGGAGCAGAUGCGCACACCACUUUGCGUGUGUGCUCUUGUCCAUCUUGUGUUCCUGCGCUGUCCGUCUAAUCUUGCACUGCAGUUCACACAGUCUUCGGAGACAGCUGUCAGUCAGCGCUGUGUGUGCCACCUGCUGUCUUAUAUUUUUCUACUAGUUUGCUGUUGUCACACAUUGUGCUUCAUUUCAUCAGGGUCGUCUACAUUUCUGUUUCGUUAUCCAUCUUCUUUUAUUAAGAGCACAGGUAGAGUUAAAGAUACAGAAAGGCUGGCUCGAUGCAGUCUUCUGGCGAUUAAAUUCUUGAAUGGAUGGCUGAUGCUGCCCCCUGCCGCUGUUUUAUCUAUUCGUGCCCCCGCCCUCUUCACCAAGUUAGCGUGCAUCAGCUUUUUAUCUCAUGUAAAAGAAAGUCAUUGGGGUGUUCCGAGAUGCAGGUGAAGGUUUAGCUGGCUCUUUAUCUUAAAAACGUGUGGCCUUAAGUUUGGCGGGCCGCUUGAAAGACUCUUUCUUCCAAGUUUUUGCAUGCAUGCAAGUCUCCCAUAGUUAGCCCUGCAUUGGGCUUUUUAUGCACUCAUCUUGUGUUCAUCAGUUCUCUCAUUUCCUUUUUAUUCUCAAAGGGGAAGAAAAAUAAAACGAGAUUUGCACCACUACCCUUCCUUGUGGCAACUAGACCUGGCACGCCUCCCCUAUGCCUUUUUUUUUCCCCCUUCACCUCCGGUGUGCAUGAUAUUUCAUCUCUCUAGCAGUCAUUCACAUCUGCCUGAGUGAGAAUGCAAAUGUGCUAUCGCGUCUUGCAUAAAAUGCGAGCAGGUUCUUGUUUUGUUUGGCUUUUGCAUUUCUAACGUUGCUUGUUUUGUUGUGAAAAUGUCCUGUUCCCCACCUCCCUCCUUCUCAAGAACUGUACAAGUAUAGACGUUGCGGUUGUGUCCUUGCCCCCCCUUUGUCUUUGAGUUGUGUGCCACAGCAGGUUGCCUCACUAUGCGUCUGCUUGGUUGGAUACUUUUUAUUUGGAACCGGGCUCGGCCAAUGUAGAGUUGCUUAAUGCACUUUGUUUCCCCGCUGGUUUUACGCGGCUCGCUUUUAAUGGUUUCCUUCUGUUCACAAGAACGUUGGCUCUUACGGCCUGUCCUUAAGGUAGCUGCCACAAUACCUCUUUUCUAGCAGGCAAUCGUGUGACGAAGAAAUCUGUAUUGGGCCAUUUAUAAUAAUGUCAUUAAUGAAAUUUCUGCCUAGAAUUGUUUCCGACCAGUAGUGUCUGCUUGUUUGUUUUUAUACUAGGCCGUUUACUGGCCCAUAAUUUUUAUGGGUGUAAAAAUCAUUUCCAUUGUCCUCCUAAAAAAGAAAUUGGGAAGACGUGCUGCUGCACUUGCGCUGUGAUUUUCUCUAUGGUUCAACAUUUAUUUUUAAAAUUUUGAACGAUUAGUGUUAAGCUGCACAUGGUAUGAACUUGUAGGUGUGCAUGUAAGCAUGGAUCUCCUCUUACCCCGAUCCCAACCUUGCGAAAUGCUCGCGUCUCCUUCCUUGGCAGUACAGUAUGAAGGAGAGAGACCCAACACUGUAUUAUUUGGGGUUAGCUUUAUUUCCCCGCAGUGUGUGAUGAAUUGAUAAAAUUUGCUUUUUUGCAAUUUGGUAAUUUUGCUUGUUUUUGCCGAUGGUUCUGGUGCCUUCCAUUGCCCUUGUUUACAGCAGUGGAGAGGGAAGCACUCGCAUGUUGUACAACCUUGCCUGUAGCGCCAACUGGUCCCCUUGUGUUGUUGUGCAUUAUUCUUGGCCUCACCUACCACCCCAUUCCUAAAAAUCACGGCGUCAUUAUUUUUUUGUCAACCUCAGAGUCUAGUUUCAACCUGUGUCUCUCUUAAUAACGGGUCUUCACCCUUGCCCCACCGACCCUCUCCCACACUCAUUUGACCAGCUGCCAUCAUUUUUUAGGUAAAUUCAGAAUAAGAGAAUACGACAAAUUUGGUGAGAAAUGUUGGCGAGAUCUACGUUUUAGUGGGGAGAAAGAGGAAAAAAAAAAAAGAAUGGUCGACGAAGGGGGGCGUAAAAUUAAAGUGCAAAAACGUAGCCCUGUGCGCUGCCCGUCUCAAUGGAUGAAAGUCCCUCGCUGCGUUUUUUUUUUUUUUUUUGGAAAUGGUAGGUUGGUUAUGUCUCCCCAUAUCUUGUAGUUUUUAACACUGUUGAUGUGAGUGUGUCAGGAUCUUUUUAGGAGAAAAAUAAUCAGUCUGUGUAUAAUCGCCUGUUUGUCGCUGUGACUGUAGAGCAGGCAAGAGGACGGUUCGUUGCUGGAGGAAUUACUCGCCGUACAUUGAUUGCAUCCCAGCGAUCUUUCUCAUGUCAGACCAAGCGCGGGUCAUUGUGCACCCUUUAAUGUAAUUGGCUAAUUUCGUAAAUUAAUGCCCUGCUUUUCAUUGUUGCCAUAUCAAAGCAAAAUGCGGUCAGAAACGAUUGGUACAGACUGUUUGCUGCUUGUACAAUAUUUCUUUUUUCUCGGGCAGCAUAGUUUGUGACAGCAUCCGUACUCUUGCCUAUCUGACGGGGCAUGACAAAACAUUUAGUGUGUGAUGCAAAGUGUAUUCAUGCGAAUAGUGUAACCUCAUCUGUUUUUUCUCCGUUUUUCGAAUUGCCAAUAAAAUGAUACGAGUGGCGUCCGUAGCCUUG